UGUUUUAAAUCACAUGAAAUGUGAAGUUUGAACUUGACUUUUUCAAACUUACCUGUAAAAAGCGUCAGAGCUCCGACUGAGUGAAACAGCUUCAGUGGGUCAAAGGUCAGAGGUGAAAACAGGUUGAUCAGUGAUGAAGAUGAUGAUGCUGAGCUUCAUGUUCCUGCAGCAGGAAGUGAAUGAAACACUUCCUCCAGGCUGACCAUGACAACCCCUCUGAUCAUCAUCAGGAUCAAUAAUCCAACCAAUGACAGUGACCUCUGACCUUCUGCUCCUCAGGACUGCCUCAUUACAGGAGUCAGUCACUUGGAGUCACAUGUUCCUAAUAAACUGCAGCUGAGUCCGAUUAAACAUCUUGAUCAUAAACUUGAUCGAUAUUCAAUUAAUAACAGUGUUUUUCUUGGACAAAUAAAACUCAUGAAUCUGAUUUAAAUCUGAUUUCAAAUCAAAGUGAUCAUUAAAUAUGAAUUAGAACUAGUUGUGAUCGUGUGAAUAUUUAAUGAGGGUUAGUUGAGAUGAUAAAAACAUCUAGUGAACCUGGUUGUUUCAGACUCUUUUCUUCUUCUUCUCCUCUUCAGCGGCCGGUAGAAGCCGCUGCACGUGAUUGGUGGACUUUAAACCGUUGUCGUCCAAUAGCAGCUGAGCUGCUCCCUCCUGGACCAAUGAGCGCCGAGCUCGCUCCGGCAGCGGCUGGAUAAAGGCGCGGCUGGCCGCCACACAGCACUCCUUGUGCCGCUGUUCACUCACCGACUCCUACAAUGGCCAGAACCAAGCAGACCGCCCGGAAGUCCACCGGCGGGAAAGCUCCCAGGAAGCAGCUGGCGACCAAAGCCGCCCGUAAGAGCGCCCCGGCCACCGGCGGAGUGAAGAAGCCUCACCGUUACAGGCCCGGUACCGUGGCUCUGAGAGAGAUCCGCCGGUACCAGAAGUCCACCGAGCUGCUGAUCCGCAAGCUGCCCUUCCAGCGCCUGGUCCGGGAGAUCGCUCAGGACUUCAAGACCGACCUGCGCUUCCAGAGCUCCGCCGUCAUGGCUCUGCAGGAGGCCAGCGAGGCUUACCUGGUCGGCCUGUUCGAGGACACCAACCUGUGCGCCAUCCACGCCAAGAGGGUCACCAUCAUGCCCAAAGACAUCCAGCUGGCCCGCCGCAUCCGCGGGGAGAGGGCUUAGAGCCUGAGCCCGACCCGGGACCAGCUCCCCCACACAACGGCUCUUUUAAGAGCCACAAACACAGUCUGAGAGACAAUACCCUGUCUGUCUGUCUGUCUGUCUGUCUGUCUGUCUGUCUGUCUGUCUGUCUGUCUGUCUGUCUGUCUG